AAACACUCUUCCCUGAUUCACAACCCAGAUCUUCAGAUUCCGAAUUGGAGCGACUCUAUAAGUUUACGUUACGCCAGGCGGAAAGAUUUGUGAGGACCCACGCUCUGGCCCUGAGGAUACCCACAGAAUCAGCUACAAACAGGGGCAUGGAUGCAGCGGAGGGUCCUAGGAUUGUGGACGAAGACAAUCCGCAGAAGGACCUACAAGACGAUAACACCUUAACAGAGGGCCGUGGAAAGAAGAAGAAAUUGGCUCUGUGGCUACCCCUGCUGUUCUUCGUGAAGCUGAAGGCGCUGCUCAUCCCAAUCCUACUUGGUGUCCUCUUCAUCAAGAAACUGCUGAUCCUGGCUGCCAUCUUGCUUCCAAGCUUACUUAGUCUCCUGAAACUCUGCAAGCCCCAUCAGGGACACAGCCACUCCGGUUGGAGUUCUGGACCAGAUGUCUCCUCCGAAUUCAGCUCGGGCUAUGGCCACCCAGGCCCGUACCACGGAGAAUAUCACGGUCGCAGAACUGGCAGGUGGGACCCCCAGUCUGUGGCUUAUCGAGGAUAUCAUAGAACUAACGAGGAGCACACCGGCGUAUAACAUAGAGAUGCAGAGUUGAAGACUUGAACAUUAGUGGGUACGAGGCAAGAAACUGAUUAAGUUGUUACGAGUGCUGGACAGUUCUGUGACAAACUCAAUGAAGAACCACGGGCGAAGACAUUCUCUUCAAGAACUUAAGUUUUUGAAGGUGAACAGCUAAGCUCAGGGGACACAGGCAUAUAAAAAAAUGUUGAAUUUUAAUUUAUUCUUUAUUUACACGGACAAUAACAUUUUAAAAGUGAGUUAAAUUAUCUGUUAAGUAUCGUAACGCUCAAAUUUCUCUGUUUAGAAACGUCUUGACAAACGAUCAGUGUCCAAGCAGGUUCGACGGGUUAAGACGCAAAUUAUGGCACAGUCGUUAAUAAAUUCCUUCAUAGAAUUAACGUGUCACGGAGUCUGAGUUAACUGAGACAGCGAAGAGUCAUAUUAAGUUAAUAAUUUAUAUUGUUAUAAUUUAUAAACUUUAUCUACUGUGAUCCCUCUGGAUCUUUUGUUAAUAGCAUUAUUAAUUCUCCAACACUUUGUGACAAUGAUCCGGUUAUUACAUUGCAUGGCAUUUCCCACUGUCUGUGGGAUACGAUGGCUUUAAUUCCUUAUUCCCGAUAUUUGUGCCAAUCGUGAUGUAAACAAGUAGCUUUUCCGUUCAGC